AUGGACGAGUCGGUGGCAAUCGAGCAGACACUGUGGGACGAGAUGGACGGACUGACGGGAUGUGUGGCAAUCUAUGAUAGUGGACGUCCAGGCAAGACGGUCGCGUUGAGGUUUGACAUUGACUGUGUCGGAGUGUCAGAGUCUAGUGACCCAAACCAUCCACCCGUUCAACAAGGUUUUAAUUCAACGUAUGCAGGUCGUAUGCAUGCUUGUGGACAUGAUGGUCACAUGACAAUAGGCUUGGGUAUUGCUAAAUACCUAACGAGUAAUAGAGAGACGAAUGGAGUCAAUGGAAUUGUGAAAUUGGUGUUUCAACCAGCUGAAGAAGGUGUAAGAGGUGCACGUCCAGUUGCCGAGAGUGGGAUUGUAGACGAUGCACAUUACUACCUGUCGUCGCAUAUCGGCUUCAUUGCAGAGUCGAAUGAGGUGGUACUCAACCCAUACAACUUUCUAUGUACCACUAAAUACGACUUUAGAUUCAAAGGUGUGCCUGCACACGCAGGUGCACAACCACAUAUUGGCAAGAAUGCUCUGAUGGGUGCUUGUACGGCUGCCACGCAGAUGAUGUCCAUCUCGAGACACGGUAGUGGUAUGAGUCGUAUCAAUGUCGGUGUUAUACGUGCCGGCGAGGGACGAAAUGUUGUGCCGGCAACCGGAGAGUUACAAAUCGAAGUGCGUGGCGAGAAUGAAGAAAUCAACACUUAUAUGUGCCAACAAGUCGAACGUAUGGCUCAAGGUGCUGCACUCAGCUAUGGCCUAGAGUUGGAGACCGAAGUAAUGGGUGAAGCAGUCGAUCUCACCAACGACCUCGAACUCGUCGACAUACUCGGAACGGUCGUCUCUGAGAUGCCCGUCCUCACAGCCAUCCCCAAACGUUCGUUUGUCGGUAGUGAAGAUUCUACCAUCCUCGCCAAACGUGUCCAAAAGAAUGGCGGCAAGUCCAUCUACUUUGUCAUUGGUAGUAAUCUCAAAGGUGGUCAUCAUCAAUCAAACUUUGACUUUGAUGAAUCCAUUCUCCCAACUGCCGUCCAACUUAUACUCUAA